CAGGGCUGAAGAGCGCCGGCAGCGAUGGGGAACUCCUGGAAGUGGGGGAGCCACCCCAGCACCCCAGAGCCUGGGCAGCAGCUGAGGGCAUGGUGGCAGAGGAAGAAGAGGAGGAGGAGGAGGAAGAGGAGGCUUUGGGCAAGGACUGUCAGGAGGAGCUGCCGGGGCCUGAGGAUCUGCUGUUGGAGCCCCAGGAGGUGCAGGCUGGGGGACACCCCUGGGUGCUGGAGGGACCCAAGCGGCCGAGCAGCUGGGGGCCGGGGAGCUGUGAGAAGGUCAGUGCAACCCCCCGGCCCUCACCUGGGAGUGCCCAGACACCCAGCACCCACCCCCCUAACAGCAGUGCUGGAGAGCACCCCAAGGUCCCCAAAUCCCCGUCCCUGGUGGGGACCCUGGCGCUACCCAGUGGGGAUAGGGAACCGGAGCGUGUUGCGGAGGAUUUGCAGGUACUGAGCAGCGAGGAGGAGGAAGAGGAGGAGGGGGAAGGAGCCACCAGCAUCCUGCCACCCUCAGUGCUGGACCAGGCCAGCGUCAUUGCCGAGCGGUUCGGUGGCGGCAGCAGCUUAUCCCGAAGGAGCAGCCUGGUGCUGGAGGGGCCCCUGGGACGCACCCCCAGCCAUGGUGGCAGCACCCUCAGUCUGGAUGGGGGGCCCCCGCUCGAAUCCGGGGAGCCUGAGGGAUCCCGCAGUGCCAUCCCCUCUCCCGAGCCCUUCACUAGAGCCCGCCGGGAAUCGCUGCUCUCCAACCGGGACCGCCUGCUCCUCGACAAGAUCAAGAGUUACUAUGGCCAUGCCGAGCACCGCGAUGCCGGUUUCGCAGUGCGCCGUCGCGAGAGCCUCUCCUUCAUCCCCAAGGGGCUGGUGCGGAGCUCCGUGUGCCGCCUCAAUGGGCUCCCACGGCCCCCCGAGAGCCCUGAGCCCCCCAGCCAGCCCGAGGCACCAGAGCCGUGCCAGGAGAACGGGGAGCAGCCCCCCGAGCCACUGCUCAUCCUGGAGGAGGAUGAUGUGGGCACCGCAGCAUCACCUCCCGGGCCACCCCCGCAGCUGCUGCUGACACCCCCUCACCUGGGCACCAAAGUGUACCAGCUGGCACGGCAGUACAGCCUCCGCAUCAAGAGCCGCCGCGCCGGCACCCGCCGCCCACCGCUGCCGCCGCAGGAGGACAGGGACCCCCCUCCCAGCACCCCUUCGCUGGCUGUGCCACGGGACGACGCGCUGGUGCCAUCGCCAUCCCCUCGUGCCCCCCACAGCCCUUCGAGCCCC